UGGUAUCAGGGAUGAGCGCUGAGGACUUUGCAAGAAGGCUACAGAGCAGGCUGCAACAGGCCACGGCCAUGAAGGAGGAGGAGAAGCUGUACAGGUACAAGGGGGUCCUCUACCCCCUCAUCCUGUGCCCCCAGGAGAACCUCCGAGCUGUGGAGGCUGUGACGGCGCGGGACGACGACAUCCUGCUGGUGGCUUAUCCCAAAUGUGGCUUUAACUGGAUGGUGGGUGUGUUGAAUAAGAUCAUCACGGAGGCCACAGGAAGGAAGAUAGAAACCAGGGUGCCGCCGCUUAUAGAGUUCUUCGGUCCGGAUGUCUUACAGGCGAUAGAUCAAAGUCCCUUGCUCAGGUUUUUGGGGACCCACCUGCACCCCGACAACAUCCCCGCCUCCUUCUUCGCCAAGAGAGCAAAGAUGUUGGUCAUCUUCAGGAACCCCAAGGACGUGCUGGUGUCCUUCUAUCAUUUCUGCAACAACUUCCCCGUCCUACCUUCCGCAUCAUCCUGGGAAUCUUUCUACGCCAACUUCCUGUCUGGAGACGUUCCCUGGGGGUCCUACUUUGAGCACGCUUUGGCCUGGGAGAGGAGGAUGGACGACCCCGAUGUCAUGGUGGUCACCUACGAGCAGCUCAAACAAGACCUUGGCGAGGGAGUCCGUCAGAUGUCGUCCUUCCUGGGCUUCAAGCUGACUGAGGCUCAGGUGCAGCGGGUGUCUGAGAGCAGCACAUUCACCGCCAUGAAGGAAAGCUUGCCGGUGCCACACGGAAUGGGAGGCGUCAUCUUCAGGAAAGGUGAGGUGGGAGACUGGAGGAACCACUUCACAGCAGAGCAGAGCCAGCAGAUGGACAAGGUCUUCAGCAAACACCUGGCGGGAACCCGGCUGGGACGCCAGCUCAACUAUGACGUCCACUGUCAGUAGGACGUGAAGACGUCCGAUAAGCUGGACCACAUCACACACCACCUUCAAGGUGUCCUGUUAGAAGAUCAGCAGUUCAACUCUUGACCACGUCUGAUCCCCGAGACA